AUGGCAGGCUAUUUGCAGGUUGAAGUGGGAGAGACACAGCCGCACGGGGAAGGGUGCUGUAAGGGCAAUGGGAGAUGGUACUGUGCUGCUUGGCCCAUUGCUGGCCUUGGAACUUGCUUGUUGCUCGUGGCACUUAGCAUGUGGAAGACUGCUCAGCCUCCAAAGCCUGCUCUUGAAGUCGCAAAGGACAUGGGGGUCCAAGAACUUCUAGACCUCUUCCUUGAUGAUGAGGGACAGAAUGGACAAAGUGCCAUCCAGCAUCAUCGGGACGGGAUGAAUUUUACGAAUGCUAGCAUGACGGCCAAUAUUACUGACAUCAGGAGACAGUUGCAGGACAUGAUCCAAAACCCAUUGGCCCUGCCAAUCGCCUCUUGCACCGUGAGUGUGUACCUCGUGGCUUCUUUCAUCGGUAUCCUCGGAAACGUCAUCAAUGGCGCUGAUGUUGCCUGCAAGAAGGCUGACAAAACAAAGUCGGUCUUCAAAGCUGAUGCAAUUGUUGAUUUGUUGCCUCGAAUUGACAACAUUAUUUCCGUGAAGCAAAAACUUACCGUUCAGGACUUGCUUGACCAAGGUUGCCGAAUUGGGAUUGAAACAUCGGUUUCCCUUGUUGCCUUCAUAGCUGGCUUCUUGGCUCGUGCGGCCAACGACUGUGCCAUGACCAUCAAACCAGUUCCCAAUCCAGGAGCUGGGUGUGCAUCCGACAUGUCGUUGGUGUCAGCUGGGAUUGCUUACUUGACUGCAGGGGCAGAAACUGCCCAGGCAGUGUGUCCACCAUACCCAAAUGACUUUGACAUAGACGCUGAAGCCCUAGAUAUUGUUGGGGGCCUCUCAAGACGUCUGCGAACAGCCGCCCCCCGAGAUCCCAAAGUGGAAGCCGCAGUGGAUGACGUCAAAGAGAUCUUGAUUUCUCGACUGCCCGCUUUGGGCCCUCUUGCCAAGACGCUCCUAGACAACAGAGAAUUCUUCAAACUCAGGCGAGAGGCCAAGAAGAAUCAUAGACGGACAGAGAAGGAUGUGAAGUGCGGCUUUGACAUUGCAGGUGUGGUUGGAUUUACUGCUGCUGUGGGUGUUUUCCUCACUGCAGGCAUCAUGGAAUGCCCAGCAGCCACCGGAUUGGGGGCAGAGGCAGAGGCUUUCAAGAUGGGCUGCAGCCUCGAUAUCUCUGCAGUCAUAGCUGCCCUGAUAACCAUUGCUGGAUUUAUGGGAAUCCUUGCCACGGAAUGCCCAGAGAAGCCAGAUACUCCAGCAAAGAACCUUUGUGUCACCGCGGGCUUCAACAUUGUUUCAUCCCUCGGCUUCAUGUCAGCAGCGCUUUCUGACGUGAAGCCCAAACGUCUGGAUUUGCAACAUCUGGACUUUGUGCAUGUGAACAGUUUCUGGGCCAUUUUAGAGCUGGUGAAGCCCAUCAAGCUUCCUCAGGUCACCACGCUGGAACCAUUCUACUUGCUGAGAGAAGGUCCCCACGAUAAGGAGGUCAUUGGCGGCUUCUUAGAAGAGCCGCGCUUUGGAGAGACCUCAGAGGUUGAGGCCACCAAAGAGUAUGCCACAUCGAAGGGUCAUCUGAAAGAUCCCUCCAAGUUUCCAGCUCAAAUCUUUUGGCUGGCGAUACGAGCCUUCCACGUGCUUUGCGUGCCUGUGAUGAAGGAAAACCUUUGCAUGGUCGCAGCAGCUGGUUUCUUUCAGCAGAAAAAUCCGGCCGUGAUGGAGACUGCACUGGGCGAGCACUUGGUAUAUGAAGCAAUCCUUGGCAGCAGCGCCUUCCUAGGUGACUUGGGGACCUUCCUGAACUUGGUCAUGGCCUUUUGCUUGGGAGCGGCCUUUCCUGAGAAAGCAGCAGAAUUUGCAGCCGGCAAAGUUCUCGGCUCUGUGCUAACAGAGGAGGUGUCUCCUCAAUGGUUAGUUCUACCGUCCUGCAUCCUGGAGGACAUCGUAGAGGUCUUGGAGAUUGUGACGAGCAUUCAGCCGCCAGGGAAAGGUCCAUCAGAGUUAUUCCUGCAUCUGGACGCGCAGCUUUUGCUGCUAUUGGUCACCUUCAUCCUUGGCAAUGGCCAGCAUGUGAAGAAUCCCAACCUCCGUGGAAAGGCAGCGACCCUUUUGAAAGGUCUGACCGCGAACUCAAACUAUCGCCACCUGGUGGAAAACUCGCCAGUCUUGGCGAAUGACAUUGUCCCAGGGUGCAUUCGAGUCUUCACCGCUGUGGAAAAGACCAAGCAGUCGUUUUAUGACAUCCGGAUGCAGCUGAAGUACCAACUGCGAAUUCCGAUCAUGGAGCUCUUUGAACGGGUGCUGCCACUGGAGGCGCACAAGAAAGCUCUCAAGAGCUUUGCCACAGAGAACCCGGACGAGUUCCUGAAGUUCCUCAACAACUUGAUGAACGAUGCUACUAUGCAGCUGGAAGAGGGGAUGGACACUCUCAUUGAGAUUCGUCGGCUAAUGAGAGAAGGAAAGGAGGCUGAGCUUACUCGCCCAGCGGCUUCUAGCGUGGCUGAAGAUGAGCAGACUGGAGAAGGUACAGAUCUAUAUGCCCGCAGCCGCGCAGAUCCCAAGGCCCACUGCAAACAAUACAUGCAAAUGGGCCACAGAACCAUCAGCACACUGUGGAGCAUUAGUCGGGAGGCCCCAAUGGUGAUCAUCACCAAGCUGAAUGUUCUGCAACAGAUGCUCCACAACUGCCUCAACAGCUGCUUGGACCGACUCGUGGGUCCUCGUUGCUUGGAGCUCAAGGCACCACAGAAGGGCCAGGUUAGUGAUUUCGAAGAAUACAGCUUCAAGCCCAAGGAGCUUCUGCAAAUGAUUGCUGAGAUGUACGUCUUUGUUGCCCGAGCUGACAAAGAGAAGGAGCGCCUGGCUUUGGCAGAAGCUUUCACUACAUUGUCAGCCUCAAAGAGAGGUCGCGCUGUGUGUUCCCUGUUCCAAUGUCUUUUGGGCACUAGCACCGAACUCUUUGGAGUUCGAAAUGAUGGGACUGGCAGAUGUGCUUUGGUAAUAGGCGAUGAUGAGGCUGCAGCUUCGGAGGUCACUGCCGCACUGCUCCGAGGAUACGCAGUGACCUGGGCAUCGGAGCAGAACUUAGAAGGCUUUCCACCAGAGUUGUUGCAAAGCGUAGAGGCUGGACCAAUCGCUGACCUGCCUGACGUGCAGAUGCUGCGUCUUCUGGGUUAUUCCCCAGCGUUAUGGAUGAAGACUCAUGCGUUGCCCAAUGACUUUGGUGGAUGGGAGGCUGGUCUUAAGCCACAGCCUCACGGCAUGGCUGGGCUGGAUGCAAUGGCACUAGCCAGGACCAACUUGGAGGUGCUCUCCAAGCUGCCGCGGUCGGACCACCAUUUCACACAGGAAGCCUACGACCUGUCUGCACUGCUCUCAACAGUGACGCCACCAAGUGUGGAUGUUCCGACUGUUCCAGGUCUUCCACCACCUCGAUGGGCCCGCAGCGCCUACGACCGCGGUCUGGAAGAAAUUCACGACCUUCUGGAUCUCUUGUGGGGUUUCAGUGCAGGCUCAGACUCAGUGAGUUUGGGUGGCGCAUCCAAGCACUUCUUGCUUACCAGUGGAGAGCUUCCAGAGGAGGUAGUGAAAGCUGCGGUAUUGACAACCCUCAGCCCUUUCUAUGAGCCUGUUUCGCUCCAUGUGGUGGGCCUGGGCCCAGAUGCCUUGAGCAAGGAUCCUCAGCGUGGCUUUGCUAGACUGGUGGAGUCAGGCAAAGAGAACUUACAAUGGCACUUGCUAGAGCAUGAGUCAGCAGAUUCCUUCUUGGACUGGCUGCGACAGUUCAACCAUCCGAGCCCACCAAUUCUCUUUGGCACCCUUUGGGGUCACGAAGAGGAACUGCGUCGAAGUGUGGCAGUUGCAGGAGGUGCAAACUGGCCACGGUUGUUUGCAGCAGAGCCCUGGGAGCAGCUGCGGCGGUGGGCGCAGCCGGUCUUUGAUGGCAAUGUGCUCCGUGCCGACCUUUCUGGUCCACGUUUGGAAGGCCUCAAAUAUCCGCCACCAGAAUGA